AUGACUGUUAAAUCUUUAUUUUGGAACAUAAGAUCAGUGAAUUCUCAACAAGCAUUUCAUAGAGUCCAAAUGUUAAAUAAGCAUCAUAAGUUCUUUUUGGUGCCUCUGAGGGAACCUUUUCAGCAUCAGAGACAGAUUCAGAAAUAUAGAAGGAGACUUGGAAUGCCUUAUGCUAAUUUCAACUGUAAUGGUAAAAUUUGGUUUUUUGUUCAAGAUAAUGUAUAUGUUGAGGUUCUUUUGGAUACUGAACAAUCCAUUACUGUUAAGCUGAAGUUUCAAGAAUUGAAUAGAGACAUGGUGGUUACAAUGGUUUAUGCUAAAUGUUCAGAAGUGGAGAGAUUGCAGUUAUGGGAUAGUUUAUACUUCUUGGCUAGUAACAUGACAUCUCCUUGGUUGAUUAGUGGAGAUUUCAAUGUUAUAAUGAAUGAAGAAGAAAAAAUAGGAGGCUUGCCAGUAUUUCCACAAGAAUAUGAAGAUUUUGCUUUUUGUCUGAAUUCUUGUGAGUUGCAUGAGAUGCCUUUUAAAGGGAGUCCUUUCACUUGGUGGAAUGGCAGGGCUACUAAUGACUGCAUUUUCAAGAGGUUGGAUACGAUUGAGCAUAAUGAUUCAUUCCAGAAUUGGUUUGGACAUCUUGAAGUGGAGCAUUUGUUAAGAACUGGUUCUGAUCAUGCACCAUUACUUUUAUCAUGUGGAGAUCAACUCAAACUGAAGAAACUGAAAGUUGCUUUAAGUAAAUGGAGUAAGGUUACUUUUAAUGAUAUUUUUAAGCAACUAGUUAUCAGAGAAGAUAUAGUUAAGAUUAAAGAGCAGUUGUUUGAGGAGAAUCCUUCUGAAGAAAAUAGAAUGGUGAUGCAAAAGGCUCAAGCUGAACUUAAACUGUAUCUUCACUAUGAGGAAGAAUUCUGGAGGCAAAAAGUCGAUGGAUCGUUUCUCGAAGCUGUUAACUUUUAUCAUAAGCAAUUUACUCAUGAGGAGGUUAGUGAAGAUUCUCCAACUCUUAAUCAUACUCCUGAAUUGAUAAGAGAGGAGGAUAAUAUGUCACUUCCUGAACAACCUACUAUGGAGAAAGUACAGAAGGCUGUGUUUGAAUUAAAUGGAGAUAGUGCUUGUGGCCCUGAUGGUUUUUUUGGGAUCUUUUAUCAGAAGUGGUGGGAGGUGAUCAAGGCUGAUGUAUUUAGUGUUGUGAAAGCUUUCUUUGAUGGCCAGACCCUUCCCAAAUCAAUCACUCACACUAAUCUAGUAUUGCUGCCAAAGAAGAAUGUUGUUGAGCCUUUCUCUGAUAUGAGACCUAUAAGUCUUAGGAACUUUAUUAAUAAGGUCAUAUCUAGAGUAGCUCAUGAUAGAUUGGACAGAUUACUUACAAGGGUGAUAUCUCCAAAUCAAUCAGGUUUUGUCAAGGGCAGGAAUAUUAUUGAGAAUGUAUUGUUGACAUAA